AUGAAGUUUGCGGAACAUCUGUCGGCGCAUCUAACGCCAGAAUGGAGGAAGCAGUACAUCGAAUACGAGGCUUUGAAGAAGAUGCUGCAUAUGGCCCAGCACCAAGCCCCAAAGACAGAAGUUUCAGAACCUGCAGUUAUCCAACGUUAUAAUGCAUCACUGGAAGAAAGAUUUUUUCAGAUAAGUGAGAAAGAGCUAACCAAAAUAAAUAUAUUUUAUGCAGAGAAAAUUGCGGAAGCCCAAAGAAGGUUGGUGACAUUGCAGAUGGAACUGGAAGCAGUUCUCAGUGCCCAAAGAGGGAGUGAUACAAGAUCAAUGGCACAAUGGAAGAGCAUCCUUCUCAAACCACACAGGCACCAAGCACGGCACAAGAAAAUGUGCGACCUGAAGCUGGCCUUCAGUGAACUUUACCUUAAUCUAGUUCUACUGCAGAAUUACCAGAAUCUCAACCUCACUGGGCUUUCCAAAAUCAUGAAGAAAUACGACAAAAUGUUCAACACGUCGAAAGGCGCGGGGUGGCAGGAAGCUCAGCUGGAGAGCUCAGCAGUGUACACCAGCCAAAAGGUGGACCAGCUGAUCAGCGAGGUGGAGUCACUCUACACCAAUCAGCUGGCAGGAGGAGACAGAGCCCGGGCAAUGAAGAGGCUUCGAGUUCCACCGCUAGGAACAGCACAGACUCCCCCCGUGUGGACAACCUUCCGUGUGGGCGUGCAGUGUGGACUCAUUAUGGCACUCUCCGUGCUGAUAAUCAUCAAAGGUAUCUACGUAUCUCGGGAAGCCAGUGUGUGGCCCCUCCUGAGGGCUUACAGAGCGGGCUUCAUUUUUAUUGAGUUUGUCUUCCUGCUGGGAAUUAAUAUCUAUGGCUGGAGGAAGGCAGGAGUGAACCAUUGUCUGAUCUUUGAACUUGAUCCCAGGAACCACCUCUCCCAUCAGGAAAUUUUUGAGCUGGCUGGUUUCCUGGGAGUCCUCUGGUGCCUGAGUGUACUCGCCUGCCUUUUCAGUGCUUACAUUCACACUCCGAUGUCAAUCAGUCCUCUGGUCCUGUACGGAUUCAUGGUGCUUCUCCUCCUGAACCCAACCAAGACCUUCUACUAUAAGUCCCGUAUCUGGUUGUUAAAGGUCCUGUCCAGGGUAAUAACAGCCCCCUUCCAUAAAGUUGGCUUUGCUGAUUUCUGGCUGGCGGAUCAACUCAACAGCAUGGGGCCCGUUUUCCUGGACCUCUGGUCCCUGAUCUGCUUCUACAUGUUUGACAUGAACUGGGAGAGUAACCAGGGCCUCCUGAGCCCACCUGCAGAUAAGUUCAUAACCAGCGGUAACUCUUACGGAGUGACCUGCUUCAUUCAGUGCCUUCCACCCUGGAUCCGGUUCACCCAGUGCCUCCGUCGAUACAGGGACAGCAGGGACGCGUUCCCGCAUUUAGCAAAUGCUGGGAAGUACUCCACGGUUUUCAUCAUGGUAACCUUUGCAGCUCUGUACUCAACCGAGAAAGAACGCUCUCAGCUGACGAUCGGUGUGAAGGUUUACUUCUACCUGUGGGCCGUGACGACCUGUGUCAGCACCAUCUUCACCAUCGGCUGGGACCUGAAGAUGGACUGGGGACUGCUGGACAAGAAAACUAAAGAGAACAAGUUUCUGCGAGAGGAGACAGUAUACCAAUAUAAAGCUUACUACUACUGUGGCAUUGUUCAGGACGUGGUGCUUCGCAUUGCUUGGGCCCUGAACAUCCUGUUCACGCAGACCAAGCAGUCCGAGGUGGCGGAAAUCAUCUCGACCACCCUGGCUCCACUGGAGGUCUUCAGACGCUUCGUCUGGAAUUUCUUUCGGCUUGAAAACGAACAUUUGAACAACUGCGGCCAGUUCCGGGCGGUCCGAGACAUUUCCAUUAUCCCCUUGACCGGGGACAACCAGGCGACUCUGCUGCUGCUGAUGGACGAUCAGGAAGGUGUCAGAAAUCGCGGAAAGGUCAAAGGCAGCAAGCGGAAGACUAACUUCCCUUUUAAAAGAUCCAGGUCAGUUGUGAAACAAAGGCGACUUGCAAGAGUCAAAAGCUGGGAAACGAAAGUACACAUUGAGGAAACGGAGUGAUGUGACACGGACGAACGAAGUUCCCUUGAACCGCUGAGCAAAGGCAUGGGGCUGUCCUGAAUGCUCCAUACACUCGUCUGGGUGAACUGAACUGUUCAUUGAAGUAAAAACAGGCCGAAGCCACAGACAAAGAAAUUUCACACUUUUGUAAAGCAAAAUACUAUAUUAAAAAAGUAGUAGCCCUUUUUAAAAAAAAAAUACUCUACUGGUAGAGAGCAUUUUUAUUCUGUUGGUCUCCUUGACAAAGUUCUGCUCCAAGACUCUCACUUCAGAGACCUUCUCAUGUUCCAAUCUUCUGACUCCUGUCUGGCUAACUCAGCAGCCAUCUUCCUCUCCUGGCGAAGAACUGUCCUCUACUCAGUAUUACAGAUUUUCCUCUCCAUUUCCCACCCAUCCCAUUUUAUUCCCCUCUUUCGAUGGCACAGAUAAUAUCAGGAUCCUGCAUGUGGAAUUGUGGUUGUGUAUCCUCACCUAUCUACAUCCGUGCGACAUCAGUUGUGGUUUUCGCAAGCCGCUUCUCUGGAUAAUCAAUGUCAAAUGGAAGAAAGGGUCCAAAACCUAAAGAGCUAAUCAGAUUUCAUAACAAACUCUAAUCUUAAUUUAGAUAGCAGAAUGCUAAAAAAAAUUGCAGCCAGAAAUAGUCAAUGUGUGUGUAUAUAUACACACACACACACACACACACACACACAGACACAGACACAUUGAAAGCAGAUGGACAGUUUAAACUUGGAUUGCUAUAGCUUUUGCAGGAAGAGAGAAUCUAACACACGCAGAAGGAAAAUAACUGACCUGGAACAUUUACAAUUGUUUACUUGGAUGUUUGAAUUAACAGAUUCUGCUCUAGUCUGGAGUCUCAAACGCAGGGAAAAACUGGUUCAAGUUCCAGUUUGAGAUCAAUGCUGUAAAAUGUGGUGUGGUCUUGGUCUCAUUGUUUUACAGUCCAACAUCUUGACUAAAGAGGAGCUUUUUUAAAAAAAAUAUGUGUUAGCUGUGUGUGGGCAGUAACAAAAUAACUCCUCAUUUAUGUUUUAAUUCAAUAGGUAAGUGUCUGGGUACUGUGAUGUUACAUAGAAUCAGUUACUUUAAUGUAUUUGUAAUAGGCAGUUUGUUAAGCCAGAGCAAUCCACUCUAAUUUGUGAGCUAUGCAUCCAUCCCAAGCUAAAGGGAGACAUGGGAUGGACCAGUAACUUUUAGCUUCUGCAAGGUGGCCCCUGGGGGCAGUGCACAUUGAGAUUGUCCGCAUUCUUCAGAGACAAAACCAUGAGAGGGAAAGUACACGAUGAGAAUCAAUGGAACGUGGCCGCAGUGCUGCCCAGUUUGAGGAGGAAUCCAUGCCCACCAACACAGAUGAAGGCAAAAUGCUAGGAGGCAGUGGAAUAUGUAAAUAAUUUGCGUGUAUAUAUUCAAAAUAUUUUUGAAGUUUAAUCGUGUACAUAACCUUCCAGUGAGCUCUAUUUUGUAAUAGAUUAAACAACUCUCCAGUUUUUGUUUCUUGUACAUAUUGUGCCUCGUUUUCUCUUAUG